CUGCAGUAUCUUUUGAUCCGUCGAGCGGAGAGGUCGCCGAAAAUCAAAUCACAAUCGAGAUCUACUUUUCCGUUUGGUGUUUAGUGAAGCGUGUGAAUUCAAAUGCGACGGCCACCGCGACGUCGUCGCUUUCUUUUGUGUCCCAUCGGUAUUUAAUCAAAACCGAAAAGAUACCCAUGACAAAAAAAAGGCAGAAAAAAAGAAGACAAUGCGGCAUACAAAAACGAGACGAGCACACCAAAAUAUCGACAAAUCAAGCGAAAUUAUAAAAGAAAGGAAAGAACUCGACACAUCGAUGUGGAAUCAAUGCAAUAAAUUAACUUGAAUUUGCUUUUCGCUGGCCCAGCCGAUUUCGAUGAAGCAAAAAGAGAGGAAUACAAACAAAAAUAAAUGAAAAAUCGUUGAAACAAAAGGCUGUCGGCUGUUGAAAAUCCCGGUCUGCGAAUUCGAUCGCAGUGAAAUGCGAGGCGGUAUCGCUAGUCAUCUAAGAUUUGGAGGACCUACCUGUCUGUCCAGCAGCGGUCCCUGGCUGAUGAAGUCCUUUUUGGUGUAAGCACUCCAUCAGUCUUGGGAUUGCAGCACCGCCUGGUUGGACCAGCUGCUGCACCACUCUGAGCCACCGGCUGCACCACAGCUGCAGUGAGAGGCGAAACCGAGUGGUGCGAAGAUCAUCUGCGUGGUUCUGCGGAUCGAGAAGAUUGGAGAUGAGUGUAGAGUGUUGAACCCAGGACAGCUGAGCCACCACCUCGCCUUGAACCAUUGACAUUAUUUAAGGCGCAUUUUAAUUACGCCAAGAGGCAUGGAAAUGCUAACCGACUAACUGAACAACUAGCUAUUGGCUUCUGGCCAGUUUUGCAUUGCAUAAUGCAUCUUGGGGCAGGGAGCGGCACCGGAGAUCGAAGAUCGGAGGCGCGACUUCCCGUUUCGGUAGCGCCGGCAAUUGUCACAAUGAUUUACAAGCAUGCCGCGUUGGCAGCUAUAAAUUGCUAAAUGGCCAUUACAGAAUUAAUUACACGACGGCCAGGAGGCUGAGUCAGUUGCCUCGGGCCGUGUCGAUCGCAAUUGACCUUUCGCCCCGCCCCGACUGCCGGCUGAAAAUGAGUUAUUAUCUUGUAAUUGUAAUUGUCACGUAUCCGUCGAGUGCAGAUAUAGUGAUAUUCCGCACUGGAUCGAAGUAUGCAAAGCAGAACCAGACCAAAAGCCAGAACCACUCGAUGUCCGUGUAACGAGCAUGUAACUUGGAUGGCAUUAAAUUACAUUGGCGUCGACAUGACCAGACGCCCCAAGCUUGACAAACUGUGUGAAUAAAAUAAGUAUAAGUAUAAGUAAGUAAAAAUAGAAUUAGAAUAAAAUGAGUUGUUUUCCCAACUGAAUUAAAAAUAGACAAAGGAAACACUCGGUCAAUGCAAGUAAAGUACUUACAAUAUUUACCGAAAGACAUCAUUAAUUUGAUUUAUGAACACGCCGGUUCAUUAAAUCAGCAAGAAAUUUAAAUUAACCACGGAACUUUAUCUAAACUGUUAUUAAGUAUGGACAGGCCAUAUACUAUCCAUACGUAUAAUCAAUAAGUGCUAAGCUAUGCUAUUAAAUCUCUCAGGUUCCGUACAUGUAAUAAUAACCAGAAGAACUGAGCACCUUAUGUUGUUUUCCGUUUUAAACGCGUCACGUGCCAAACAACAAAAUUUGAAUUUAUUAUAUGAAAACAGCAAUAAAUUCAUAUAAAUUCCACUGACAUAAAAAUGCCAAAUAGUCGAUAAUGGUAAGGUUGUUUAGAAAUUCGAUGACAGUUUCUGUUUGGGUUAUUUAAUAUGCAAAACAUUUUGGCGUGUGCAGAAAAAGCUAUAGAGAAUUAAUAAAUGCAUAAAACAUUGAUUUUGCCAGGUAAGCAAAUGAUAUCGAUUAUAAUCCUUAUUUGGAUUUGUCAAAUGUGUGCACCUUUUCCAACACUCCGGCUUUUCAUUGUCAGUUGUCAGGUGGAAGGCACUUUGCAUUCUGGUGGAGAAACACACCCCUUCGGGAGUCGGAAACCACCACCAUGAGUGGCAGCGAGGGAAUCAGUCUCCCGGGCAACCGGGACACCAGUCCGCGGCGUGAAAAACACAAACAAAGGCCCAGGAAGGGCAGAAAGAAGUCCAGAAGUGCCAAAGAGAGUCCUCCCAGUCCGAUGGACGUGAAAGCCACUGCCAGUUGCUUCAGCUUGUGCAUCUCUGGCCAAAUUGUCUCGGCCACAUUUCCUCUGGGUCCCGACAAGGAGUUCGUCUUCCUGCGCUACGAACUGGUGGCAGGUCCUGACUGGCAGCUGGCCUCGGGUCCCCAGCACGGAAUCACCCAGCUGGCCACCAACAAGAGGGGCCCCUUUAACGAACCGAUUGUCUUCAACAUGCCCAUCGAGGUCACCUACAAGAGCACCAGUCCCUUUGGCUGGCCACAGAUGCUGGUGAGCGUUUUCGGGCGCAGUGGGUUGGGUCGGGAAACCCUCCUCGGCUACGCGCACAUCCACCUGCCGGUCUUCGGCAGCCGUCGCCCUGCGGAGCAAUCGGAGCAGCUGCAGGCCCCCAUCCUGAUGCCCAAGUGCCCCAACAUGAUGGCGGAUAUCACCAGUUGGCUGCUGCGCCGCGAACCGGAGCUGAAGGAUCCCAAGGUCCUGCUGGACAACCUGAAGUGCAAGGGCCUCUCCAUGGAGUCCUACGGCAGCCUGCAGUUCCAGUUGGGCUCCGUGAUGAGAGGAGCCCGCAAGUUGGGUUACCAUUGGCAUUUCUGAGGAGCAAACCCACAAGUGUGUCAGUAAACGUGAACUUGGCGAAGCAGGAAA